AUGGCAGCCUCCAUGUCGGAACCAUCAACCGACCUCACGUUUUCACCAGGGAAGGCUAGUCAGCUCUGGCCCGAGCCUUUGGAUACCCCCGGAUUGAUACCGCGCCAUCUCAAACGUUCUGCGACGGGUCAGUUUCCUAUCUUGGAAGUCAUUCAGCGUUUACUAUAUCGACUUAAGCCAAGCGGCGUUGGCGAUCUCGAAAAGAUACUCGCUCUUGUCGGCCUCUACCAAGCUGCGCAACCUGUGUACAAGCAUUUGAAAGGCCUCUUGAUAUGGGCUUUCACUGUUCAAGUCACCAUACCCGAGACCGAUCUAGUAGCUAGAGAAGUUCUGGCCUGGAUGGGGGCGGAGGUAAUACUGAACAGCCAUACAAGGAGUGCUAUGCUAGUCACAGGAGGUUUGCAGGACCCGAACGAUGAUUUCCAUCGUCGUAUGAUGGUUGCUCGCAACCCUGGGGCUGCAGCGGACAAAGCUGACGAAGAAGUCCUAUGCCUUCCACCGAUUGGUACACGACUAUUCUGGGUUGGCUUUAUGUUGGGUUGGAUACCUCGCCCGUAUGUAUUCUCUCGUCGAGGUGGAUUUGGUUACCGAAAUAACAGUGGUAUGACGGGUAACAUACUCGACGACAGCGGUCAGCUCCAGAAUUCACUCACCGUCAUGACCCUUGGAUGGAGCCUCAAGCCGCUCCGGGAUUUUACUAGGCUUUGUCACGACUUCAGAAUCAAGAACCUUACGGGUACCACGACAGUGUAUUUUGCGGGUGAUCGCACGGACCCUUACGGUAACGGCUGGCAGUCAGUCUCCAAGGCCAUUCGAAGGCUCGACACCAUUGACAUGGAUGAAAAAGUCAAAUCGGAUCUAGUAAGAGACGCAGAAUACUACUACAGCGAUGAGUCGCGUUCAUUCUUCGCCGACUGUGGCAUCCCAUACCGGCGAGGUUACCUCUUUCAUGGCCCACCAGGCACCGGCAAGAGCUCGUUCAGUGCUGCAUUGGCAGGCCAUCUCAGCUGUGACAUCUACCACAUCAACUUGUCAACCGGUAGCAUCAGCGAUGGAACACUUCACCGCCUGUUUCUAGGUCUUCCACGUAAGUGUGUAGUCGUGUUGGAAGACAUCGACUCUGCUGGUAUCGGUCGCGAACAAGGACCUUCAGAUGAUCGAACGGAAGCACUUCAGCAUGCGCAGGCAGCCAUCGAUGAGAUUCAUAGUUCUUCGGGUGCCAUGGGGCCUCCACCGCCAGCUUCGAAACGUAGUCGUACUGCCCGCCGAAGCAAUACAGUUACACUGAGCGGUUUGUUGAACGCCAUUGAUGGAAAUGCUUCUCAAGAAGGUAGACUUUUGAUAAUGACCUCUAAUGCCCCUGAUACUUUGGAUGAGGCUUUGACACGUCCUGGUCGCAUUGACAAGAAAGUCUACUUCGGAAACAUGGACGCUAGCGCUGGGAAGAGUAUUUUCAAACGCUUGAUUGGACGAUCUGCUCUCGCUCGUGACUCGGCUUUUACCAUGGAACAGGUUGAGCAAUGGGCAACAGAGUUUUCGGAUAGGAUGCCGAAUGAUAUCUUCUCCCCAGCGCAGGUGCAGAACUACCUCCAAGGCUGUCGAGGCGACCCUAUCAAAGCCCUGGAUGGUAUUGACGCCUGGAUUGCGGAGCACAAACGCGAUGCUCAGGGACUGGAUGAUCCCAAUAAUACUACUCGGGAUGGCGUAGCCUCCAACGUUCUUGUCAAAGAUAUGCCGGAUCUAACUGUGUAG